AUGGCUAAAACAACAACCAAAAAAACCGGUAUUAUUGAUAAAGUUAGUUAGUAGGGGCUUAAUGUACCUUAAUAUAACAAAUACCCUAAAGUUAUGUAUCUAAUAACGUGUAAUUUAACAAAACAACUUUAAUUUGAGGUUCGUUCAAUUGGUCGAAAACAGGCUGUCGGGGUUCGCGGAACAUUAUUAUGUGGUGAAAAUGCUGUGAAAAAUGGAACUGUGAAAUUGUGGGAUAAUGAUAUGUGUAAGUUAUACAGUAUUUGUAAACAUCAAAAGUUAAACAUUGUUUUCAGUGGAUCCUGAUGAUUUGAUGGCUGAAAUAAGUGUAUCGGAAGAUGGAAGUUUCGAGAUUUCUGGAUAUGCCGUUUCCAUUACAAACCUUGAUCCACAACUUCGAAUCUAUCAUCAUUGUUUGACUUCAGGAUGUCGUAGAAAGGUCAAAUUCACUGUUCCGAAAAGUUAUAUCAAUGAUGGAAAAAAUGUGAGUUUUAUUUCUACUUUUCGAAAGAAAUACCAAUAUGAAAAGCUAGGAGAAUAAUUCUAAAAAUCCUCUUGACUUGUUCUCAAGUAUUUUCUUCCUACUCUAAUUGAUGUUUUUAUGUAAUUUAAUUGUUCUAUUUAUAUAAUAGGUGACAAAAUGGUUCAACAUUGGCACUAUAAAUAUGGAGAUUGGUUUCAAAAACAAAGAAUCAUCGCAUUGUAUUGAAUAA